AUCUCUAUCCGUGAUCCCAACACCGUCCGACCGCAACAGCAUCGCCGAGGCCAGCUCGGCAACUUGCGACUUUCAUCUUCCACUAUCGGAACAUUACUCCUCCUGCGACUUGGAGGCAUCAUCUCCUGCGUCCUGGACUGCAUGCAUUGCUGAAUCUUGCUCAGCUCGCCUUUCUGUUGACUGGCUACCCCUGUUGCCCCCUCGUACUGCAUGCGCCGCAGCGGUCUCGCCACAGUUGACGCUCCUUGAUCCUGUCCGUCAGCAAUACUCCGGUUGUCCUCAGCGAUCGUUCUCUCUCGCCAUCAAUACAAUCGCUGGAGAUGUCGGACCGACCUCUCGUCGCCAACAGGAGCUCAACUGCUCCCACCGUCAUAGGGACGAACGGCCAUAUGGCUUCCGUCGGUGAUAGCAACGACACAACAACCUACGAACAUGGCGUACAGGUGGUGGACGAACAAAAGGAGUUCAAUCCUAAUCUGUCAAAAUAUCUCUCCCUUGAAAAUGUAACGCCGGCUGGGUUUAACUACCACCUUAUUUCGGUAUUUGGUUCCCAGUCAACCGGAAAGUCCACGCUCCUCAAUCACCUCUUUGGCACACAAUUCAGCGUCAUGUCCGAACUGGAAAGAAGACAGACCACCAAGGGUAUUUGGCUAUCCAAGAACAAAUUGCAGAAUCAGGGGACAGAUGAAAGCACCCGAAUGGCAGACAACAUUCUAGUGAUGGACGUCGAGGGUACGGAUGGACGCGAAAGAGGCGAAGACCAGGACUUCGAGCGCAAGAGUGCGCUGUUCGCGCUGGCGACCAGUGAGGUGCUGAUCGUCAACAUUUGGGAACACCAAGUGGGAUUGUAUCAGGGUGCCAAUAUGGGAUUGCUCAAGACCGUCUUCGAGGUCAAUCUGCAGCUUUUCUUGAAAGACAGAAACACGACCCACCGAUCGUUACUGUUCUUUGUUAUCCGUGAUUUCCUGGGCGCUACCCCCCUUAAGAACCUACAGAAGACGUUGCUCGAGGACUUGUCACGGAUAUGGGCAUCGUUGUCUAAGCCCCAGGGCUUGGAGAAGUCCACGAUCCAUGACUACUUCGAUUUUGCCUUCUACGGUCUGCCGCAUAAGGGCUACCAGCCCGAUCAGUUUGCUGCGGAGGUAAAGAAGCUAGGCACUCGAUUCCGUGAGGGGCGCAAGGAUCCCAAGAGAGACGUGCUGGAACUCAAUGAUGGCGGCAUAUUCCUUCCUGAGUAUCAUAGACGGAUCCCUGCCGACGGUUUCGCGAGAUAUGCGGAGGGUAUUUGGGACCAGAUUGUGAACAACAAGGACCUGGACCUCCCCACACAACAAGAACUGCUUGCACAGUUCCGCUGUGACGAGAUUCUGCGAGAAGUCACACUCGCCUUCGAUGAGGCUAUUAUCCCCUUUGAGGAGAAGCAGGCAGAAGGCGUUCGCUCUGGACAGCCGCAAGUGCUCGGAGGCUUGGGCCCGGCGAUGAGGGCGGCUCGCACGAAGGCCUUCCAGAAGUUUGAGACGGAAGCUAGUCGAUACCAUAAGGGUGUUUACCAGCGAAAGCGAGCAGAACUGGAAGACAAGACCGAUACCCGUUUGAAAGCCCUUGUCCACGGCCAGCUCAGUGCAGCUCACAAAUCGGGCGUUAAUGAAUUCAGUGAAGCUGUCUCUGCAGCUGUCAAAUCUGGCCAGAAGAAAGGUGCAAGCUACGAUUUCGCCGAAAUUGUCUCAAAGGAGACGCAAACCGCGCUUACGAGAUUUGAAGAAGCAGCUCGUGCCUUGGUGGUGGAAGGUGCUGCCUGGAGUGACUAUAAGAGUGCCCUAUCUCUAUAUCAGAAGGACCUUGGAGAGGUCAGUGGGCGACUUAGAAGAGAGGAGAUGCGCCGGCUGGCAACGCGUGUUGAAAAAUGGGUUCAAUCGCGGCUUGCAGAAUCUGUCGGUUUGGAGUUCAACGCUCUGGGCUCGGGGCGUGGCGGCUCUGGUGCUCCCGAAACCGGCGAGAAGCCAGCAGAGAAGGACAUUUGGGACAGAAUUUGGAACCUGUUCGUGGAUACAGUUCUCGAUGCGGAGCGCAGGUUCACAGAUCGUGCCCGGAGCUUUGACGCCAGCCUAGAAGAGGUCGAUGUCGGUCUUUGGCGCCUCAGAAGGAAGUCCUGGGGCGUCCUACGUACGAAGAUCGAUGAGGAAAUGAUGGAGGGCAACCUCUUGUUGAAGCUUCGCGAGAACUUCGAGGACAAAUUCCGGUAUGAUGAGGCAGGAGUACCGAGAAUAUGGCGUCCUACCGAUGACAUCGAGGGUGUCUAUACCCGUGCCAGAGAGUCAACUCUGACUCUGAUCCCUCUGCUAUCUCGAUUCCGUCUCUCAGAGACCAAUGCUCCUCCACCUCUUGACAAAUGGAUUGGCCAGACUCCCAGCUCAGCAACCCCUGCUGAUGAGGAGGAUCUGACUCCCAUUGGCGGCGUGGACGAAGAAGAUGGCAAGAGCUUGGAAGAGGAGACGACCAUCCUCAGCGACGCUAAGCGACAAGACCUGACGGUGCGUUUCAAGAAGGCGGCCGACGGAGUGUAUGUCGAAGCCAAACGAAGCGCCAUCGGAGGCAUGACCCAGGUCCCGUUGUAUUUUUACGGUUUGCUUCUUGCUCUUGGUUGGAACGAAAUUUUUGCUGUACUCCGCAACCCCGCUUACUUUCUCCUCUUGUUCGUUUGUGCUGUUGGAGCAUUUGUCACGUACAAACUUAACCUCUGGGGUCCAAUCAUGAAGAUGACUGAGGCAGCCUCUCGCCAGGCAGUAGAGGAAGGAAAGCGUCGACUUCGCGAAUUCCUCGAGUCCUCCGACACCGGAAGGCAGGCAAUUGCCAUGUCUGCCUCUGCCGCCAACGGAGGUCGCAAAGAGGAAUACGAAAUGUCCGAUCUGCGCGGCAAGGGAGUCUCAGGAAAGUCGUCGUCCUACGAAGAAGAGGACGACCUGUGAGAUACAUAUCUUGAGUCUUUCUGUGUUAUAAGUACCUUGUGUUGAGUCGAAAAAACGGGAUGAAGAACCCGUUUGGCGCAUAUGAAGGGGCGAUUGAACACCAUUGAUUGAGUUUUCCCGUUUAUUUGCAUUGUCGUAAAUAGGAAGUAUCAGGAAGGCCCGAAGGGACUGUAUCCGAUGUAGAUCCAGGAAAAAAUGUAAAGUCUUAGUGGGAUCGAAUGGUUACUGUGUAUAAAUAUCAAAGAACA